AUGACGCAAAGAUUUAUGCGAGCAUUUGAUACAUAUUACAAUCCAGAUGAUGUCUCUUUGCAUCCAUUAUGGCUCGGUACAUUGAUAUUAUUGUGUGUAAUCAUUAUUCUUGGUACAUUAUGUUGUCUACGAAUAAAAUAUGGUUCAUUAUGGAGCAAAUUAUUCAAUCGAUCAUUUAGGAGAAAUAUUGAGAAACAUGACAAUAAUUCAAAUGAUGGCAAACAUGUAACAAUGAGUCAUGCCUAUAAUUGGUCUCCUAUUCAUAUUCCAUUAGAAAAUGAAUCACCGAAAUUUUAUUCACUUAUUCAAAAUAUUCAUAUAAAUACUUUUGACAAACAUUUACCUAUCAAACAACAACAUAAAGAUGAAGAUAAUGAUGAUAGUAAUCAAUAUUCACCUGAUGAAUCCGAUUAUCAUCAAGUAUCUGUACUACCAUCAAUGCAUGAUACACGAACUUGUGAAAUAGCUCGAAAAUUUUAUGCAAGUAUGCGUAAUACUAGUCAACAUCCAAAUUCUUCAUCAUACGACAGUUAUAAUAGUGAUUUAUCAUUAACAAGUAAUCAUUCACCAUCGAUUACAAUUCAUUCAAGUAAAUUUAAACGAGAAGCAAGUAUUAAAUUAUGGCGUACACCAUGUUUUUUUCAAUCAAUACCCUAUACAGAUGGAUUAGCGUUAGGUCUUUAA